AGUCGCGCGAAUUCUUCUCCCUCCACCAGCGCACUCUCCCAAAUUUUCUUCUUCCGUCUCCCUCACUACGAUAGGUGUCCGCCGGCACCCCCCUCCGCCACAGCCUCUGCCAUACGCCGACUGCCACGACCACACGCCGGUGCGUGCAUUCCUCCAUUUCUCUCUUCUUUCUUCUCUCCCUAUCUCGCUUUGCUGCAACUGCCUAGUACACCGUCUCUAUUUUGUCUCUGCCGCACCAUUCACUGCAUUCUUCUGCACCUCUCGUUGGCGCGUCCAAACUGAAUCUUCCACUCUCCUGUUCUCUCAAUCAUAUCCGAGCUCAUUUUUUUCCUAAUUUUUUUUGUUCAUUUUGUUCUCUUUUCUUCAAUUCAACCCAUUCAGAAAGCAGGGCGAAGUCGGGAUUCGGUUAACGUCCAUUUUAAAUCCUGCGAAGUCCGAGCUAUUCCAGACGGAAUUCUUGUUGGUACAAAACAGUAUUUCAAAUCAGAUUGAAUUUGAAAUUCUGUUUUUCUAUAUCCAGACACUGGAAAUGAUUUCAAACCUGUUCUGAUUUCAAAUCCUCCCAUAUCUGAGGGUUCGAAAUUGGGGGUAAGCCUCACGCUCGGUUGAAGCCAUUCCAAAGUCCCGCCAUGGAAGCAGCGCCUAUCUGCACUCGUCUUUUCCCUACUAAACCUUCAAAGUUUCGAGUUGCUGCAGCUUAUGAUGUCCAAUUCUGUCCUUUGAAGUUUGGUAGAUCUGCCGCUGUUAUUAAUUUCAACUCUCUGAAAUGCAAGGGAAGAAAUAAUGUGUUAUUGAGUAGACCUUUUGUCUCUAAAGUGAACGAAAAGUCGUUUGAUUGUUUGUCAAAUCAGUGCCGAAGCAGCCGUAUGAAUGUCAAGGCAACAUCUGAGCAGUGUCUAGACCUUGAAACUUUUUCGCAGGAAUUGAAUGAUGGGGAUGUUUUUUUCACUUCUCCGAACGGCACUAACUCCGAAACCUGGAAACCCAGAUCUAAAAUGUUUAGAAAUAGAUUCUUGAAUCUUGUACGUCUUCGUUCUUUUCUCAACAAUGCUGCUGAAUCAUUUUUUAAAAGUGAAAUACGGCGAAGGUUGUUUGUAACAGCAGUGCUAAUUGUAAUAAGUCGUAUUGGAUACUUCAUUCCUCUUCCUGGGUAUGAUCGGAGGUUGAUACCACAAGAUUACCUUAGCUUUGUUUCUGGAUCUGUUGAUGAACUUGGUGAUUUUACUACGGAGAUGAAAAUGUCUUUUUUCCAGCUAGGUAUCAGUCCUCAGAUUAUUGCAUCAAUCAUCAUGCAGGUACUCUGUCACAUUUUACCCUCCUUAGUAAAGCUGAGAAAAGAAGGCUUGGAUGGUCAAGAGAAGAUCAAGAGUUAUAUAUGGUGGAUGUCACUUGGCUUUGCAAUAGUGGAGGCUUUAGUUCUAUCUUGUUACUCACUCCCAUACUCAAUCUAUGCAGCAAAUCACAGAGUUAAGCAUGUGAUGGUGACUACUUUCUUAUUGGUUUGUGGUGCUAUGACAAUGACAUGGAUUUGUGACACCAUCUCAGAGUCUGGAUUUGGGCAAGGUUCUUCUCUAAUUAUAUGCGUUGGAAUACUGUCGGGCUAUACAGAGACAUUGUACAAAAUGUUGUCUCAGCUAUCAGGACGUACUGUGAUUUGGUGGCCGUAUGUACUUGCCUUAUUGGCCAUUUUUACCGUAGUUACGAUGUGGGCAGUUGUUGUAACCGAAGGUUGCAGGAAAAUUAAGCUUCAGUAUUAUGGUUUUAAACUUGCUUCAGCUGCGAGAGAAGACUCACCAAUCACUGAAGUAGAGCCUUAUAUACCUUUUAAUAUCAAUCCUGCUGGGAUGCAACCAAUUCUCACGACCACUUAUCUCUUGGCGUUUCCCAGUAUACUUGCCAGCGUCCUAAAUUCAACAUUCUGGGUGCAUGUAAAGGAGAUACUGAACCCUGAAAGUUCUAUUGGUGCAGAGCCUUGGGUUUAUUACUUAAUAUAUGCGGUUUUUGUAUUCUUGUUCAAUAUAUUUGACAUUGCCAACUUGCCAAAAGAGAUUUCAGACUAUUUAAAUAAGAUGGGAGCAAGGAUUCCAAACAUUAAACCCGGGAAAGCUACUAUAGAGUACCUCACGAAAAUUCAAGCAUCAACACGCUUUUGGGGCGGGCUAUUGUUGAGUUUCUUGGCGACAACGUCAUCUCUUCUCGACCAUUACUUACGCAGUAUUAAUGCCGGCUUUGCUAUUGGUUUUACAUCAGUUCUGAUCAUUGUGGGUUCUAUUAUUGAACUCAGAAGAUCUUACCAAGCAUAUAACGUAAUGCCAAGUUUAAGCAAUGCUUUGAGGCGUUAUGGUGCAUGACACAACUAGUUCAAAUGAUGCUCCAAGCGGCUCUGUAUUCGAGCUUCUAAAGGAUCCAACAAUCUUCAAAAGUGUUUCAAAAUCAUGUGCAUCCGUUACACCGUAAACUAAUGCAAAUAUCAGGAAAAUUUUGAUUCUCUGGACUUGGAAACACGGUAGGUUUUACUUCUUGUAAAGGAUAUUAUAUGAUAGCCUAGAAUCUGUGAAAUUAUGACACUGAAAUUGUAUGGGCUUAGGGUUUAGGGUUUAUGUAAAUUGAGGAAAAGCAAGUGUUGAUAAGUUACAGCUUAGCAAGAAUACCUCUGGAGAAAAUUUCACUGGCAAUCUCCUUUGCA